UCUCCAAAGAGAGAUGCAUAAAAGUAAAUGCAGGAGAGUAGUACGGAGCUGCAAGCUAUCAGUCAGGCGCUUACAUUUUCGAAGAAGCUAAUUCAGAUUUUGGAUUUUCAUGUAUACGAGGAGAAUCAACUUAAUAUUAAGGUCGCUGUUGGCGGAAGCGCCGUGGAAUUCGUGCUCUCACGACAAUCCAUGAGUUUUGUGUUUAGAUUAUGCCCCUGCUGCAGCAAGAGGUUCAAGGACAACGCAGCCUCUGAUUCCCUUGAUCCUCAAGCAGCCAACGAUGGUGCCGACACCUGGGACCUCUUUUUCGACCUCCACACUCUGCAGCUAGCUACCAACUUCUUCUCCGAGUUGAACCAAUUAGGUCAUGGAGGGUUUGGUCCUGUUUACAAGGGAUUGAUGCCAAAUGGUCAAGAAAUAGCUGUGAAGAAGCUGUCUCUGGAAUCAAGACAAGGAAUUAGAGAAUUUACCAAUGAGGUCAAACUACUACUGAGAAUUCAGCACAAGAACUUGGUUACUUUAUAUGGAUGUUGUGCUGAAGGACCUGAAAAGAUGCUUGUUUAUGAAUAUCUCCCGAACAAGAGUCUUGAUCACUUUCUCUUCGAUAAAAGAAAAUCACCAUCUCUGGACUGGCCAACGCGAUUUAAAAUAGUUACAGGUGUGGCAAGAGGGCUUCUGUACCUGCAUGAAGAGGCCCCAAUAAGAAUAAUUCAUAGAGACAUCAAAGCCAGUAACAUUUUGCUGGAUGAGAAAUUAAACGCAAAAAUUUCGGACUUUGGCUUGGCGAGGUUAUUUCCUGGGGAUGACACCCAUGUGCAGACAUUUAAGAUUUCUGGUACACAUGGUUACAUGGCUCCUGAGUAUGCAUUGCGUGGAUACUUGUCUGUAAAGACUGAUGUUUUUAGUUAUGGAGUCUUGGUAUUAGAAAUUGUCAGUGGGAGGAAAAACCAUGACCGGCUACUUGGUGAAGAGCAGGCAGAUCUGUUGAACCAUGCAUGGAAGCUUUAUCAGGCGGGGAAGAUAAUGGAUUUGAUUGACACAAGCCUAGGCAAAUACAAUGGUGACGAGGCAGCGAUGUGCAUUCAGCUGGGCUUGUUGUGCUGCCAAGCAAGCAUAUCAGAGAGACCUGAUAUGAAUGCUGUUCAUCUGAUGCUCUCAAGUGACUCGUUCACUUUGCCAAGACCCAGUAAACCUGGAAUUCAAGGCCGCAUAGGACGUUGGACUACCACCUCAUCCUCUGCUUUCACCAAUACUAAUGCUACUACUGCGACGAAGGCUUCUGGGGGAAGUAGCAUAGUUGAGGACUAUUCUAGAAAUUCUAUCUCCAUUUCUUCGUUUGAUGAAGGAAGAUGAUCUCCAUUCUUAUUCUGUAAAGCCCGAUCAAUUUAUCAAGUACGAAGGUUGUGAGGAGAUCAAACAGUCUAAUUGAUGUUGGCGACCAUAGCAGAAAAGAGGUAAUUGGUGCUGUCGUUUGCUUAAAGGAGGGAAAGGAAAAAAGAACAAAUCCAAAAUUGUUAUUAGUGAAUUGAGGUGGAAGACUGGAAGUUGAAACUUGAGAGAUUUGUUCCCUCGCUAAAAAGACGUCGUAUGUUUUACAAUUUGUUAAUGUUAAUAAUAUAGGCUAUUGAAAUUUUUAAAUGUUAUACUGACAACAAUAAUAAAUGCAUGACCCAUCCGUGUUAAAAUUCUAAAUAAA